UUACAUAAUCAUUUACAUUAAAAAAUAAUCAACUGUUUUGAUAAUGUAUCCAGAGUAGUUUUGCCAGAGCCAAAAGUUUCAUUAUUCCAGCAUUUAAAUUGAGAGAUGAUGCUUUUUGUUGACUGAUGCGAGAGUAGACUGGAUAUCUUGAAACGUUGAUGUGACAAAACAAUCUUUUAGACCAUCAAUAAUGUAAAAGUUAAACAAUUUAGUAAUGUAAUGUAUCAUUUACAAAUCAUUGUUAAAGAACAAUAAAAAGCCACAGAGUAAAAACUAACAUUUAGGACAGCUUUAAAAGAUCAACGUGUCUCUAGAAACAUGGCAUCACGAUUGCAUUCUCGUAACACGACACGUGGAAUGCAGCUAAAAGGGAAACCAGUUAAGCCCCCGCGGUCCCCAACUGUCGAGCACGUCAGAGGCAAAAGGUUUUAUUUUUGUCUUCUAGGGGGAAUUGAAAUAGCCAAGAUGCCUGAGAAAGCGUAAGUGGAUUGUGUUUUUUGUUAUUGUUUCCAUUUCCAAAUCAGAGUGUCAGUUUAAUACAGCAAGUCAGAUUUAUCUAUAGGAACUAUAGGGCAAAAAUGUUCUCUCCCGAUAUAGGUCAAUUUCAUAUCUCGAUAACGAUAUAUAUCAAAAAAUGUUGCAUGUUUACUGGUAAUUCAAUACAACUUAUAGUCUGUCAAAUAACCACAUGGUAAUGUGGUUGUAUACUGUGUGAGAUCAGGUCUCUAUUGCCCUCUGGUGGGUGAAGGACUGAAGGGAAUAAAACUACACGUCCUCAGUAUUUUCAUACCUGCAGCAGGACAUUGUUGUUAUAUCAAUUCAGACGUUGUAUUUGGGAAUCACAAUAUCUCUAGAUACGGUUUCAUCACGAUACCAUUGAAAGAUGAUAAAUUAUCAUCUGGAAAUAUUGCGUAACAGAUCACGAAAUAUUAUAUGCCAAAUAUCAGAUUACAUCAUCAUAAGUGUUUUACAAUCUGCAAUUGAAUGCUAAUGCUACAUUUCUGUGUCCUCUCUUUAUUUUCUUCCCACAGACCGGAGGGAAAACCUCAAAUCUCUGCCUAUCGGAAGCUUCUGCUGAAGGUGAGUCCUCGGGACAAUUUGCAAAGAAAAGAGAGUCCCACAGGGAAAUUUACUUUGAGUGUGGUAUUUGAGAGCUUGAUGGUCGCCAGGGCCCAGGAGGAGCUGGAGCAGGAGUUAGAAGAACAAGAGAACCAGAAGGCAAAGUACCUGGACGAAAGAUCUCCUCCUUUACAGAUCGGUGGCUUGUCCUCAGACGAUCUGCAGAUCAAAGACCUGAACAUCAAGGUCUUGGACCUGCGGGGGAAGUUUAAGAGACCCAGCCUGAGAAGGGUGAGGGUCUCUGCUGACGCCAUCCUGCGCUCCCUACUGGGCUACAAGCACAAGGUCUCUCUGGACCUGCGAGCUAAUCUCAAAUCGGUCAAGAAGGAGGACACAGAGAAGGAGAAGACGGCGGAGGUGAGCGACUGGAGGAAGAACGUGGAGGCCAUGGAGGGCCGCAAGAAGAUGUUCGACGGCGAAAGGCCAAACCCAGUAGACGUCUGACGUUACCAUCGCCUCUACACCAAAGAGUGAAGAAUGCACCACGACAGAUACAAUUAAUUUAAACUCUGAUGCACUUCACCGGGUCACCGAGAUUUUUUGGUGGGGGGGUUUGUUUCAAGAUUCAAUACAUUUUCACAAAUUGUCUGCAUGUUUCGUUUCCAAUAUCGCUGAAAUAAUCACAUUAUUAUAGAGUCGAAGAAGUGUCAUAAUAAAGGAGCUGUAAUGAAGCUGUAUCUAUUUCUAAUAUGUAUCUAUUGUUUUGUCAAUUCAGAUUGUUAUUUGUUGUGGCACUGUGGUCUCAGGGACUGCCUAUGCUCAUUCUCUCACUGGUGGGUCUAUGUGGUUGCAUUUCAUUCUUUGAAGAUUAAAAGAAGUGAAACUUU